GUCGUGUCGCGACACGGCUGCGCCGCCAUCAUUGUCUCGUUAACUGGCGGGCCCGUUCGCGCGUUGAUAGCCCCGCAGGGCUACAGUGUUCUGGCGACGACCCGUAGCGCUCUUCGGCAGCAGGGCGUGAAAUGCUUUCACGCUAGUGGCUCGCUGAACAUGUUGUUACCCACUGGACGCCUAAGCGGACAGUCUCUUCAUAGGUGACUGCUGUGGGGACAGCCUGAGAGCAUGGCCUCGGCGCCGCCCGCCGCCUGCAGCCGCGCGCUGCGGUGCCCUCUGCCACUGACGUCACGCAACCCCGCCCCCGCCAACGCCAGCCACUGGUCACCGCAGCCAGCCCCGGCGCUCCCCUGAGAUGGCCGGCGAACCCCUGACCGCCGUCACAGUUGCCGCUGCCGUCUGUUACCCGCGACCACGCCACCAUGGCGGACGCAGAGGAGGCGCUGUCGCACGUCAGCGCCAGAGUGCUGAAGAACGAGCUGAUGCUGCACGAGGCGGUGAUCAAGAACGACGCUGAAGGAGUCCGCAAAGUACUCAAGGAGCCACUCGACGUCAACUCAAGGAACAACUAUGGUCGGGCUCCCAUCCACUGGGCGGCCUCCCGAGGCAACACGGAGAUCAUGGAGAUGCUCAUCGCCGCCAAGUGUGACAUAGAGGCCCGAGACAAGUACGGUAUGCGGCCCAUCCUGAUGGCGGCGUGGCACGGCCACAGGGACGCCGUCCAGAUGCUCAUCAACUGCGGCGCCAGCCUCGUCGCCGUCAACAAGAAGCAGUACACGCUGCUGAUGUGCGCGGCGCGAAACAACCGCGUGGACGUGCUGGAGCUGCUGCUGGAGACGCUGGAAGACGUGCGGCUGGACGCGACGGACGCCGAGCAGCAGACGGCGCUGUUCCACGCGGCGCAGGGCGGCCACGCCGCCGUCGUCCAGAGGCUGGCGGCCGCGGGCGCGCGCGCCGACGUCCGAGACAAGCAAGGCAAGACGCCGCUGCACAUGGCGUGCGAGCGCGGACACCUGGACGUGGUGGAGCUGCUGGUGCGGCUGGGCGUCGACACGAACGCGCAGGACGAGGACGGCAACACGCCGUUGCACGUCGCCUGCGACGGCCAGCAGACGCGCGCCGCGCAGGCCCUGCUCGACGCCGGCUGCCUCACCGACCCCGAGAACAAGAAAGGCUUCACCCCGUUGCACGUGGCGGCCAGCCUGGGCUGUCGCGGCAUCAUCGAGUCCCUCCUGCAGCACGGCAGCUGCAUCAACCACCACGGAAAGAAUGGCAAUACGCCGCUGCACAUGGCGUGUCAAGCCAACAAACUGGAAACCGUCGAACUUCUCGUCAGCAAGGGUGCAGAUCUUAACGCGCUUAACGUGAGACUGCAGUCGUCAAUCCACAUCGCCGCCGAGCAGGGCUACACGGAGAUCUGCAAGCUGCUGCUGGCCGCAGGCGCCAACAUCGACCAACGAGAGCAGGACGCGGCCGACGAGGACGGCGAGGGGGCGGAGAGAGGGGGGCGCGGCCGGCGGCGCUGGCAGCUGAGCCGCGAGGAGGCUGCGACGGGCAACGAGCGCCUGCGAGCCGUCCUCUGGAAGGUGGCCUACAAGCAGCUGGCGCCCGGCGAGUGGAAGCGCCUCGCGCACCACUGGGCCUUCACCGACGAGCAGAUCAAGGCCAUCGAGCACCAGUACACCGGUCCGUCCAGCUACAAAGAACAUGGCUUCCGGAUGAUGUUAAUAUGGGCGCAUGGCCUUGGCCCUGAAGUGAAUCCCAUCAAAGAACUCUACGAGAGCUUGACAGCGAUUGAUAAGAAAGGUGUUGCUGAUGCCUUACGGAAAAAAUUAGACCAAGAAAACGAAGGAAGAUACAGAAAAUGUAGAAACUGUAACUCAUGCAGCAUAUCUUAGGAGUAAACGGGAGUGCCGUGGAUUUUAUAUUUCUGUCUUUUUAAAUUCGAGCUUCUUCAUCGUCAUCUUUAUUUACUGCUACUUCGGGUUUUCCACCAUAGACGGCUUGAAAUGCUGCAGCUAACUGAAAUAUUUUCAGUAUCUUUGCUAAGAGCGGAUAUAAUGUGUCGGCUGUAAUAAGUACGUUUCUCUUCGUGUCGCAGCGCAAAUCAUCCUUUCCGUAUCUGGUAUAUCUGCUGUAAAGAUGUUUUUAAUGAGAAAUAAUUUAUUACAGUUUUUUAGCACGCAGAGUCUAAUUUGUGUAAAGUCCAUAUUUCAUACUGUGA